UUGUUUCAGUACCUGUCCGUACAUUCACCAUACUUCGCGCAACGACUUGCAACACCCACUACUAGACAGAACAGUGCUUCGCUUGCCGAUCACACUUCAGAAGUGGACGAUAUGAGCGAUUACGAUGUGAUGAGCUUGAAGAGCGAUUUGACGGCUGGAGCUGUCAAAACGAUCCGGUCACAGACGUUCAGUUCCAACAACAUUCUGUUGAAUGCAGGCAACGACGGAUCAUCUGAUGCAGGCGAUGGAAUAUUUACACUUGACGAUGUGGAACUUGAAGACUUCCUUGUAUUCCUCAACGCGAUUUAUCCGCCUGGCAUUACAAUAACAAAAGAAACGCUCCCUCCUCUGAUCUCUACUUCCUAUCAAUUUGGAGUCGACCAUAUUCUGUGGAGAUGUGAAGAUUACUUAUUGUCGGACAAAGGAUUAUCCGAGUUUGACUUAAUAACAAGACUGGAAUAUGCGAGUUUAUACAAAAUGGCGACUUUACAGGCUGAUUGUCUCAAAAAAUUGCCCUCUGCGCAAAGCGUACGAGAGGUGCUGGAAGAUCCAAGAAUGGAGAACGCUCUUGGUGACGUCCGAUCGUUGCUUCUAGAAACCCUACUUCAGCGUUUGAAGACUGACUCGGUUGUUGCUAAAGAUUCGAGGUCCAUUGAACAGAUGUCAAAAUUGGAGAAGCGGACGGAUGCUCCUAAACUAGAGGAGUCUGUCCCCUCUGUAUCGAAUCUUGAAGAGGUCUGUUUAUUGGUUAGACGACUAUGGCACAUUUGCUUUCCUUCCGGGGAAGAGGGGAGCGGAUAUUCUAGUUCAGAUGAUGCAAACAAGCGGCGCAGAUGGGCAUGA